AGGCAGGCAAAGCAGGGGCAGACUGCGUACAAAUGAAGGUAGAAGAAGAACUCUCGCUCCGGUCCAUCUUUCUCUCUCUCAUCAGCUUUACACUUUACCAGUAGCUCACUUCACUUCACUCGAAUCAACUUUCUCCCAAGCCAGCCGGCCGGCCAGUCAGCCAGCCUGGCACUAGCUAUGUCACCGCUAGAAGUAGUAGUAGUGUUAAUGUUAGUAUUCAUCCACGGCGGCGGAGGAGAAGUAGAAGCCGUGGACGGUACGUGGUGCGUUGUUCGUAGCGACGCAAACCUCCAGGCUCUGCAAACGGGUCUUGAUUACGCCUGUGGGUCAGGAGCCGAUUGCGGUCCCAUUCAACCGUCUGGUCUUUGCUAUUUGCCAAACACGGUCCAAGCCCACGCCUCUUAUGCCUUUAAUAGCUAUUUCCAACGCAAGUCCAACGCCCCUGGCUCCUGUGACUUCUCCGGCACCGCCACCCUAGCCAAGACCGAACCAAGUUAUGGAUCGUGUGUGUUUCCGUCAAAUCCAAGUACUGCUGGAGGGACAGGCUCAGGAAAUCCGAUGACAACAAACCCGGGUGGUGGUUUUGGUGCGCCACCGCCACCACUUAUGGGCAUGACCAACCAAGGAGGAUACGGAGGAAUAGGUGGUGGUGGUGGUAGUGGUGGAGUGACGUCGCCUUUCCUAGGACCACCUAUUGACGACACAAACAAUGCUAAUAUUGCAACUUCCUCAAUCACAAUCUUGGCGGUUUCUUUGUGUUCUUACAUUUUUCUUACUUUCCAACAAAGAUGCUUAGAUAUUUGGCAUUGGUGAAAGCAUAUUUCAUUCAAAUUGUAAUUUUGAUUUGACUUUGUCGGUUUUGUUCAAAGCUUUUCCAAAGUUUAGAUGGAUUCUUUUAUAUGUACUCUUCAAA